AUUUUGUGGAAGCUUUUUUUCUAUUUACAAAAAUUGGCAAUACUGCAAAUAAAGUAAACAACCGUUAUCCCGCCGAACAAGAAGUGAAAAAAAUGAAAAAGAAUCUUUACAUUUCAAAGAAAUUAAUUUAAUAGUGUAAAAUAAAGACAAAUUAUUAUAAACAAUACUUUAAAAUGAAGAUUUUGCGAUCUCAAUAUAUGAAAUUAAGAAAUAAUGCAGGAGGUCCCAGAAGUGACCAAAAUAAUGGUAUAGGAGAAAAGAUAUCCCACAAAGAACAAAUAACAGAUAAUGGUAACAAACAGUUGUCUAACAUUGGAAAUAAAAAUGCUCUACCAAUUGGAGCUCUACGACGAGCUAGUGUUAAUCUUGUAAACUCUUUCUCUGAAUCUCCAGCUACAAAUAUUAAAAUAUUAUUUGAUAAUGUAGAUGAAUCAUUGAAAAAACUUAAUGUGGUGGUGGAAUUCACUACUAUGGAUGCCAUGUGGUUAACGCGAGUCUAUCGCACGUAUGAAAAUGAAUUGUGGCAUAGAAAACCACGCUUAGAUGUUUUUGGCAAAAAGAAAUGGUUUUUUCAAUGUCAUUUGUGUGAUCGUGUUUUAAUGGCAUUUAUCGGCCUUAAAACUCAUUUAAAUCGACAUUUGAAUUAUUAUCCUUAUGUGUGCAAAUUGUGCCUGAAAAAAUAUACAAAUCGUAAAGCAGUUACCAGUCACUUGAAGAAAAUACAUAAUAUAAAUAAGGAAGAUUGGAAUGAUAAUUUGACGAGUUAAAUAAGGAUAAUGGAUAUGAAUAGUUUUAGCUGGUAUUGAAACUGUUUUCUGGAGUCCUAAAGCUUACACAGGUGAAGUGUUUUUUAUGUUUUUAUAUUAAAAUAGAAAUUGUUUAAUUUAUUUAAAGCAACUACACCAUUUGAACAUUUCAAGUUAAAAUUGUAAAAAAAAGUUUUAUGAAAGAUUGUUUAGUUUUUCUUUUUAAACAUGACCAAUUGUAUAGUCAGUUAAUUUGAACUAGAAAAAAAACUUAGUUUCAAUUAUA